UAUAUAGCCGCACAACCCCUUCCUCACUGUAAACCCUAGAUCCCGAGCAUUAGCAGACGCUGAAAGGUUUAGAGAAAGUAAUGGCGAAUCCCAAAGUGUUCUUCGACAUCACCAUCGGUGGCAAACCGGUCGAAAUCAAUGGCCAAAAGGCCAACCGUGUCGUGAUGGAGCUCUUCAAGGAUGUCACUCCAAAGACGGCCGAGAAUUUCCGCGCUCUCUGCACCGGAGAGAAAGGAGUCGGGAAAUCCGGCGUGCCGCUGCACUUCAAGGGCUCAAAAUUCCACCGCGUGAUCCCCGAUUUCAUGUGUCAGGGCGGUGACUUCACAAGGGGAAACGGAACCGGAGGUGAGUCCAUCUACGGGGAGAAGUUUGCAGACGAGAACUUCAUUAAGAAGCACACCGGACCCGGCAUCCUCUCUAUGGCGAAUUCGGGGCCAGGCACCAACGGAUCUCAGUUUUUCAUCUGCACCGCGAAGACCGAGUGGCUCGAUGGUAAGCAUGUGGUGUUUGGACAGGUCGUGGAAGGCUAUGAUGUGAUCAAGGCGGUGGAGAAAGUUGGAUCCUCAGGCGGAAAAACGUCUAAGGAUGUGGUGAUUGAUGAAUGCGGUCAACUUUCUUAGAUCUCUCUGGUCUAGUGCUCUUAUGUCCGACUAUCCUUUUUCUCGUCGUCUUCGUCCGUCGUUUUACCUUUUGUGUUUGUUUGAAUCACCUUCCAUCUAAUUGUUCUGCUUUCGUUUGAGCACUUUGGUAUACCCACCUAUGUGUUAAAUAAGUUUUAAGAUUGUUAGUUGGUUACAUUGCUUUGAUGUGGUGUUCUUAUUACAUUUCACCUAAUUAAUUGGAAUCCAAGAAUAAUUAGCUAAUUCAAGUACAUCGUGGCUUAUUAUUCGCUAUGGUUUUCAAUCAUUUGAUACCCCUCCAAUUGAAUUGUCUUGGGAUUGCUCUAGUGCUGUAGUCGACAAUCUGCUUGAUCCCAUUAACAAGGUUUAGAUUUACAAAAUCGUAUUUCCCUUGUGCUUAUUUGGUUAUGGAUUUUGACAUUAACCAUGGUUUUGUUUUGGCUUUUUUAUGCUCCGUGUUCAUAUGGCUAUAUUUCGUUGCAUCUCAAGGAAAUAUUUCAUAAAAGGUUGCUAUAAGUAACAGACCUAAUGAAAAACGAUAUAUACUCUGUUGCAUGUGAAGUUAAAUUCUUUCUGUAGCUAAGGAGUGUGAUAGAACUCAUUGAAUGAAAUUCCCAGUCUCUGAAAUCCUCUCAUUUUCAAUGUGGUUCAAUUUUUCCGGUCAAACGGAGUAUUUGUAAUGCCUAUGUGGUUCAAUUUUUUUCACUUGCGGAGUAUAUUCUAGUUCUGACUAUCUCUUAUUUUCAUUCACAUGAACGUAUUUUUUAAUAACAUAAAAAGUUGAAAACUAACUUGAAAUCCUCAUAAAUCAAGCUUGCGGAGAUAGUGUGACAUAAAAUCUAUCCAGUGCCACAACUCACAAGAACUGAAAUACUGAGUAAUGGCUGAAGAAACGGCACACAUGAGGACACUGUUGAAUUUAGAAAUAGAAAAGGUUAGAGAGAAAAGAGAACAAAUUCAGCACCAUGUUCAACUGCAGCUGUUCGAUUGUUUCGAAAGAACUCUUAAACGUAAUU